UUAAAUUUAAUUAAAUUUCAGAUUUUUGUAAUUAUUUGCGAUGUCGUAUGCUUACCUAUUUAAAUACAUCAUCAUCGGUGAUACUGGUGUCGGUAAAUCAUGUCUGCUACUUCAGUUUACCGACAAAAGAUUUCAACCAGUUCACGAUUUAACUAUAGGUGUUGAGUUUGGUGCAAGAAUGAUAACAAUUGAUGGGAGACAAAUAAAGUUACAGAUAUGGGAUACGGCUGGACAAGAAUCCUUUCGUUCAAUCACACGAUCAUAUUACAGAGGAGCAGCGGGAGCUCUACUUGUUUAUGAUAUUACUCGGAGAGAUACAUUCAACCACCUCACAACUUGGUUGGAGGAUGCAAGACAACAUUCUUCCUCAAACAUGGUCAUCAUGCUGAUUGGUAACAAAAGUGAUUUGGAAGCAAGAAGAGAGGUAAAAAAGGAGGAGGGUGAAGCAUUUGCACGAGAACAUGGGCUUAUAUUCAUGGAGACCUCUGCUAAAACAGCUGCAAAUGUUGAAGAAGCUUUCAUCAACACAGCAAAGGAAAUCUAUGAAAAUACAAGAGGGAGUCUUUGACAUUAACAAUGAGGCAAACGGCAUAAAACUUGGACCUCAACAUUCACCUGCAUCAGGGGGUAGCGGAAGUAAUCGACCGCGACAGUCUUCUGAUGGAGGUGGAUGCUGCUAAUUAUUAUUCAAUGCAAGCUACUGAUAUGGGUGCUGAAAGACGCUGGUACACACCAUUAUUAUGCUUAUAUUAUGCGGUCCAUGGUUGUGCAGAAAAAAACAUGUUUUCUGGUAUGUGCAAUUCCUUUCUUACUCAUAAAAUCUUCUUCACAGCAAUUUUUAAGUUCCUAUGCUGUGCUCAUUCACCCAUGCAACUCUUUGAAGUGAUGCAACUUUUUUGUUAAAGUUGACUUUCUGUGCCACAAUGUAAAUCAAAGAUGUGACCAAUUUAGUUGUAGAUCUCUUAGAUAGAUGGAAAAUGUAGAUUGCACUUUGUGACCAAUAUGUACAUUCUAAUUUGAUUAUUUGGUGUAAUAAUUUCAGAACUAUAUUUUCAGUUAAACAAAACAAAAAUCUUAACCAAAAUAUCAGACAUUUAAAGCUUGGUUCGCAAAACAUUGCUGGUUCUAAUAAGUAAUCGUUUUGUACACAUUUGAUAGAAACUGUGUACUGACAUGCUUUUUUGACACGUGUACAUAGCGGCGUUAUUGUUGUCUCAUAGAUUUCCGAAUAUUUAUUGUAUGUUUUAGACACUAUUUUGUCCAAUUGUUGUACCCAGUAAACCUUGUAUUGUGGUUAUGAAAGUGCCAUUAUCAACGAAUGUCUUAUUUUCGAAAGAUAACAGUAUAUAAACUUAAUUUGGAUAUUAACUAUUAUUGCCAUUUUUCAUGACCAUUUAGGACUACAAACAACAAGUAAAUUUUGUAACUAACCAGAUUUCAAAAUAUGAUUCGUGUGCCCAUUACUUCGUCACCCAUUUGUAAAAUACUUUCUUCGUGGGUGCUUCAGAGCAGUCUUAAUAAAAUGUUUUGAUGUUCA